AUUGCUUUAAAAUUUUCAGUUGUAAGAGAUUAUAUUUGCUGUUAUUAUUUUUUAUUUUUAUUUUUUUAAUUUUUGCGAGCUCGAUGGGAUUUGUCUUUCACUUCUAAAUUUGUGCGGUGACGUCAACAAAAUUAAAAUUGCUAGUAGCGGUUUAGGCUUCUACCGGUUCAUGCCCCCUAAUUCUGACAAUUCUACAUUUCCGAAUAAUAUUUUACUUUUCUACUAUUUGCUUUAUCCCUUUGUGGUGUUAUUGUACUUUCAACUUUCAGAAAGCUCAACUUUCAAAUUAUUUAUCCUCGGUUAUUAUUACAUUUUUCAGAGUGAGAUACAAAAUUUAAAGAUAUUCAAAACAGACUUUGAAAACGUCGUUGCAGAAAAUCAAGCGCUUAGGAAAACACUGUCGCAGUGUGGCGUAAAAAAGAAAAACUGGUGGAAGGUUGCUUGUCUAUCUGCCAUUGCAGUAGUGGCAAGUGUCGGCUGUGCUGCAGGGGUUGCUGCACUGGCUGGAGCAAAUUUGGCCGCUACCUGUAGCGGAUCUUUACUAAUCUCUAAGGGAUCUGUGGUGGUCUCUGCAUCUGCUGCAGCGGCCGAGGGGUCAACGUUGGCCUGUGUCUCUGCUGCAGCCGCUGGGGGGUCAACGUUGGUCUGCGGAUCUGCUGUAAUCUCUACGGGGUCAGCGGUGGCCACUGGAUCUUCUGUAAUUUGUGGGGGAGCCGCGGUCACUGAGGGAUGUGUUUUACUAGCUGGUGCCGCAAUAGGUGGCGUUCUAUGUACCAUCGAAGAUGAUAGUGGAGGUUUACAAAAGCCCCUAUUGACUUGAGUGUUUCCACGGCUGUGGAUUCGAAAUAAAACUACAACCCAAUCCUACACGAUUAUUAAAAUUUGAAACAAUGCAAGUUUUUAAUAACGCCAAUAAAAUAAUAUUCUUUUUGAGUUUCAAGUGGAAAGUUUUGACUCACUCGCCUCCUCUGUAUUUCUAAUUAGGGCUCAUGACUUUGAGUCAAAAAAUACGACUUUAAUUCAAGUAAAACUUACUGAACUCGCGCUAUAUUCACUUAAAAAAUAAAAAAAAAUAUUUCAAUUUGAAUUUUAACUCUGUUUUUAGUCCAGGAUUCAGUGAAAUUUUGAAAUAAGAAAAAAUAUUAGUUGCUGUUUGUGUCUAAUAUGGAACACACAAAUAUUGAGAUUUCAUGGUGUGUUAAUCACAUUUACCUAUGGUGAAUAUUCCACAAAUAUAUUAUUUAGCCUUCAAAUUUAUAUAUUCUUCAUGCCAUAGAGUCGUAUCACCCUUUCGAUCAUUUCAAAACAAUUUUACGUUCCAUUUUAUCACUCAAUUCUGGGAAGUAGUAAAUAUGUUGAGAGAUUUUAUACUCAGGGCUAUUAGGUCUGGGGAAAUUUACAAUAAACUUCGACUGAAAAAAUC